AACUUGGUGCUGGAUGGCACGAUUUUGCUCAAAAAAUCAAAGAGAGAGUAAAGCUAUUACAGAAUAAUGAAAUUUCUAUACCUCAAGUUGAUAAAUCCCGUCCAGAUAAAAAUUCACAAUUAUUGCGCUAUAAAAAUCUUCUUGAUUCAAGGCCAUUGGAUGAAAAAAAAUAUAUAGAGGGAUGUGAAAUACUUACCUGGCUCCUUUCUAAUGGCCAUAUUGAUAAAAAAAUAUACCGCAUUGGAAUUAAGGAAUUGGAAGAAUAA